GGGAGGAGUUGUACCCGUUCAGCUCGGAGGUCAGCGAGCGUUCUGGAGGAACAACGACAGAUAUGCGUCCUUUCAGUUGUCAGACACGCUGUGCGAGGUGAAACUAUUUUACUAACUUUUAUUUACUAAAAACGAUCCCCAAAAAAUCCUCAAAGUGUAUUUCUGCGGAAGGGACAGUCGGAAGUAAGGGGUAUUUCCCUCCUGUGGAACAUAUUCCGUCACUUGUCGCUUGGCAGGUGACUCUGCACAGCCCCGGUGACAGUGGCAACCUGGGAUAUGUUUAUACAGUUUAGGCGUCAUAGCCUAUUUGGGACUGCCUUGCCCUUUCAAUAACUUCUCUGUCCUACUGUCAGACCAACGAUGCCUCAAGUCCCUGAAAUAUCAAUGGCUUUGCUGCCAUUCAUUAACAACUAUACACAUCUGCAGUGCAAGAUGCGUUUCCUGCUCCUCUUCAGUCGCCAGGGCAAGCUCCGUCUCCAGAAGUGGUUCACGCCCAUCCCCGAGCGAGAGAAGAAGAAGAUCACCAGGGACAUGACCACCAUGGUGUUGGCACGGAAACCACGCUCCUGCAACUUCCUGCACUGGAAAGACCUAAAGAUCGUCUACAAGAGGUAUGCCAGUCUGUAUUUCUGCUGUGGUCUGGAUGCUGAGGAGAAUGAACUUCUGGCCUUGGAGAUGCUGCAUCGCUAUGUGGAGCUGUUGGACAAGUACUUUGGCAACGUGUGUGAGCUGGACAUUAUAUUUAACUUUGAAAAGGCCUACUUCAUCCUGGAUGAGUUUCUAUUAGGGGGAGAGGUACAGGAGACUUCCAAACUAGUGGUGGCCCGCUCCGUCGAGGCCUCGGACAUGCUACAGGAGACCAUGGAGGAAUACAUGAGCAAGCCUGCAUUCUAACACUGGGGGGAAUGGAUCUACACACACCAGAAGGAAUCUGGACGAUUACAGACCUGGAAGUCUUACUACUGUACAGAACCAUGGAGUUAUGAGUUCUAGAAUGGUAUGUCUUAAUCUGUGUCCUGAGGCAGGCAGGGAGUGUUUUUAAGUAGGGAAGUGCAGUGAAUUGGUAGGAGACACUCAUUGAUUGAACUAUUAUCAAAUGUAUAUUGAUACUGUAUGAUCACCCAUCCCUCUUGAUCGUCAAUGUACAUUGAGGUUACUGAAAACUGUGGUUAUGACAAUCAUUAAAAUCAAUACUCAAAUUUUUUUCCCAAAAAUAUGUAUGCUGUAUUGACAUUUUAAGAAGUGCCUUUUUAGAAAUAUGUAUUUGAAGUUGUGUUUUAAAUCAUCUUGUAGACUAGCAUUUUUCUGAGUGACUUGUUGUAGGAUUAUAUCUUGGAAAGGGAGUGAUUAUUUAUCUGGGUGAAUGUCACAGGUUUUUUUUUAUAUAACUAAUUAUGGAUCUUGAAUGGUGAAGACUUUGGAAUUAAAAUGUGUAUUUUGAUACAGAA